AUGGCGCUCCACGGGCACGGGAGGAGGGGCAGGCUCGCGGCCGCGCUGUGGCUCGUCGUCGUGGCCACGGCGAGCGUGGCGUCGGCGCGGUUCGUGGUGGAGAAGAACAGCAUCAAGGUGCUGUCGCCGCACUCGCUCCGGGGCCGCCACGAGGCCGCGAUCGCCAACUACGGCGUCCCGGACUACGGCGGCACGCUGACCGGCGUGGUGCUGUACCCGGCGGACGCGGGGCAGGCCAACGGGUGCAAGCCGUUCGGGGCGACGGCGUUCAAGUCGCGGUCCGGCCGGCCCGUGGUGCUCCUGGUGGACCGCGGCGGCUGCUACUUCGCGCUCAAGACGUGGCACGCGCAGCAGGCGGGCGCGGCGGCGGUGCUGGUCGCCGACAGCGUGGACGAGCCGCUGCUGACCAUGGACACCCCGGAGGAGGAGACCCCCGACAUGGCCUUCCUGGCCAACAUCACCGCCCCCUCCGCGCUCGUCUCCAAGCCCUUCGGCGACGCGCUCCGCGCCGCGGCGUCCAGCUCCGGCGGCGCCGAGGUGGUGGUCCGUCUCGACUGGCGCGAGUCGAUGCCGAACCCGGACGCGCGGGUGGAGUACGAGCUGUGGACCAACAGCAACGACGAGUGCGGGCCGCGGUGCGACGAGCAGGCGGCGUUCGUGGCGGCGUUCCGGGGCCACGCGCAGCUGCUGGAGAAGGCCGGCGACGCGCUCUUCACGCCGCACUACAUCACCUGGUUCUGCCCCGACGAGUACCGCGGCACGCGGCAGUGCGCGUCGCAGUGCAUCAACCGCGGCCGCUACUGCGCGCCGGACCCGGAGGGGGACCUCGGCGCCGGCUACCGGGGCCGCGACGUGGUGCUGGAGAACCUCCGGCAGCUGUGCGUGCACCGGGUGGCCAACGCCCGCAACGCGUCGUGGGCGUGGUGGGACUUCGUGGCCGACUACCGCGUGCGGUGCUCCAUGCGGGAGAAGAAGUACUCCCGCGGGUGCGCCGAGGAGGUGGUGGCGUCGCUCGGCCUGCCGGCGGAGAUGAUUGAGAAGUGCAUGGGCGACCCCGACGCCGACGCCGACAACGACGUGCUCCGGACGGAGCAGGUCGUGCAGGUCGGGCAGGGGAAUCGAGGGGACGUCACCAUCCUGCCCACGCUGGUCAUCAACAACGUGCAGUACAGGGGGAAGCUAGAGAGCACGGCCGUCCUCAAGGCGAUCUGCGCCGGUUUCAAGGAGACCACGGAGCCCCGUGUCUGCAUGACACAAGACAUGGAGACGGACGAGUGCAUGCACAACAACGGCGGCUGCUGGCGCGACGACAAGACCAACAUCACCGCGUGCAGGGACACGUACAGGGGGAGGGUGUGCGAGUGCCCGGCGGUGGACGGCGUGCAGUACGAGGGAAACGGGUACAAGGAGUGCAAGCCCGUCGGGCCGGGGCGGUGCGCCGCCAACAACGGCGGGUGCUGGAAGGAGACGAGGCACGGCAAGACCUUCUCCGCCUGCAAGGGCUCGGGGUCGCUCAGCGGGUGCGAGUGCCCGCCGGGGUUCAAGGGAGACGGCAUCACCUGCGAAGACGUGGACGAGUGCAGCGAGAAGCUGGCGUGCACCUGCCCGGGCUGCUCCUGCCGGAACAACUGGGGCGGGUACCACUGCAGCUGCGGCGGCGGCGGCAACCAGGUGUACAUCCAGGCCGAGGACACCUGCGUGGGGAAGAGCGCGGCGGCGAUGGGGUGGCUGGUGGCGGUGCUGGUGCUGUCGUGCCUCGCAGGCGCCGGGCUCGCCGGGUUCGCCUUCUACAAGUACAGGCUCAGGCGGUACAUGGACUCGGAAGUGGCGGCGAUCAUGUCGCAGUACAUGCCCCUGGAGGGCCAGAGCACCAGCGGCGAGCACCGGCCGCUGAGGGAGGAGGCCGUGGAAGCAGCAUAGGUAGCCCGUAGCCAGCCAGCUCUGAGAUUUCAAGAUAGAUUUUCCACAAAUGGGUGAAUACCAUGGUGUACAUGAAAGAAGUUGCUUAUAGCUUUACCUGACAGGACAGGCAGGAGCUCUUGCAUUUUCUUUACUUUGUGCUUUUGUAGAGAGAGCUGCCAGAUAGAUUUUGAAACACAUUUGAGAUGUGAAAUAGGAUAGCAGUGAUGAAUCUGCCCAUUGAUGUACAAAAUUUGAGAUAAAGAUGUCCAGUGCAGAACCGGACAAGCUGGUCGUCAUACAGAUUUGAACAGGCAGAACUACUUGGCCUUUUCUGAUUUUUUGUCAUCAA